GUCCCUCUGCCCCGCCCCCCAGGCCGUCGGGCGCGUCACGUGACGGGUUGGCGGCGCUGGCGGUUACUGUCAGCUGAUUCUCAGGAUUGGUGGCAGCGGCAGUCGCGGCAAUGGACUUUCUCCUGGGGAACCCGUUCAGCUCUCCGGUGGGACAGCGCAUCGAGAAAGCAACAGAUGGCUCCCUGCAGAGUGAGGACUGGGCCCUCAACAUGGAGAUCUGUGACAUCAUCAAUGAGACCGAGGAAGGUCCCAAAGAUGCUGUCCGAGCAGUGAAGAAGAGAAUCAUGGGGAACAAGAACUUCCACGAGGUGAUGCUGGCUCUCACAGUCUUAGAAACCUGUGUCAAGAACUGUGGGCACCGCUUCCACAUGCUGGUGGCUAGCCAGGACUUCGUGGAAAGUGUGCUGGUGAGGACCAUCCUGCCCAAGAACAAUCCCCCCACCAUCGUGCACGACAAGGUGCUCAACCUCAUCCAGUCCUGGGCUGACGCGUUCCGCAGCUCGCCUGAUUUGACAGGUGUCGUCACCGUCUACGAGGACCUGCGAAGGAAGGGCCUGGAGUUCCCCAUGACUGACCUAGACAUGCUGUCACCCAUCCACACGCCCCAGAGGACUGUGUUCAACUCGGAGACAUCAUCAGGACAGAAUUCAAUGGGCACCGACACUAGUCAGCGAGGGGACUCUAACCAGCAUGCUGCCCCUCUGCCCACCCCCGCCAUACUCCCUGGUGACACACCCAUAGCGCCAACCCCUGAGCAGAUCGGGAAGCUGCGCAGCGAGCUGGAGAUGGUGAAUGGGAACGUGAGGGUGAUGUCGGAGAUGCUGACGGAGCUGGUACCCACCCAGGCUGAGCCUGCUGACCUGGAGCUGCUGCAGGAGCUCAACCGCACGUGCCGAGCCAUGCAGCAGAGGAUCCUGGAGCUCAUCCCUCGGAUCGCCAACGAACAGCUGACGGAGGAGCUGCUCAUCAUCAAUGACAAUCUCAACAACGUGUUCCUGCGCCAUGAACGGUUUGAACGGUUCCGAACAGGCCAGACCGCCAAGGCCCCAGGUGAGGCCGAGCUGGCAGGUGACCUGAUCGACAUGGGUCCUGACCCAGCGGCCACCAGCACCCUCUCCUCCCAGCUGGCGGGAAUGAGUAAGUGUGAUGUGGGGGCUUUGGCCAAGGGUACAUUAUGGUGCUGUGGUGGUCACCCCCACAGUUCUGGGAUCCCCUCCAUUGUACACCAAUAUGCCAAGGAGCAGCCAGGCCUCCCUGGACGUGCGGUACUCCUCUACAUCCUCUUCUACACUGUGGUCCCGGGAAUGUGCUGGUGUCCUUGGCCCUCCAUUGCUGUAGAUGUGGCCCUCGAGGACAUCCGAGCUUCGGCUUCAGAGCUGCAUGAGAGUAGGAGCGUCAGCCUGCUCCCCUCCUUGCAUCAGCCAGCAGGCCCAGAAAGGCAGAGACAGCAUCUGAUCGCCUGGUGGCCUCUGUGUUUCAGGGUGAAAUAUGAAGCCCCCCAAGCAACAGACGGCCUUGCUGGAGCCCUGGACGCCCGGCAGCAGAGCACUGGUGCGAUCCCCGUCUCCCAGGCCUGUCUCAUGGAGGACAUUGAGCAGUGGCUGUCCACUGACGUGGGGGCUGGCACAGAAGAGUCUAAGGGCGUCACCAGUGAAGGUAAAUUUGACAAGUUUCUGGAAGAACGGGCCAAAGCUGCUGAUCGGCUGCCCAAUCUCUCCAGCCCCUCAGCUGAAGGACCCCUGGCCCCACCUCCUGGCUCUGCCCCUCGGAAGAAAACCCAGGAAAAAGAUGAUGACAUGCUGUUUGCCUUAUGAGUGCAGGGUCUGACACCCUGCAGGCCAGGUCCCUGCUGCUCCCAUACCCCUGGGCUGGGGCUCUCUCCCUCCUUUGGUGUUAAGGCUGGGGCUCUCUCCCUCCUUUGGUGUUAAGGCUGCUUUGGGGGUGGCUUGUUACCCCCUCUUCUCCCUCCUCGAGGAUGGAGCUGACCAGCUGCAGCUGGGCUAUGCCCGGGGCAGGGUGGGAGGCAGCAGGAUGGAUUGGAAGACAGGCCCAUGCCACAGCAGGAUCCUGACCACUCCUGCCUCCUUCCCACCAGAGCCGACCACUACAACUUUGUUGAGAAGUGGGAAGCCCCAGAACAGAUGGGCUAGCUGCUUGGUUGACCCAGUGUGACUCUUUGCCCUGGGUGGUGUCUGUCCUGGACUUAUCCCAGAGGAGCCCCUUCAGAGGCCUCACUGCCAGUCAAGGCCUGGCUGGAGGCCGGCCACAGUAGAAGUUAUGCAGUUCCCUGCCCUGCCUCAGGGCACCUGAUGGCUUCAGCUAGCCAUAGAGGGCAGGGUGGACACCCUGUGCAUGGCUGCCCACUGUCCAGGUACAAGCUGCCACAGGCUGCAGGGCGAAGCUCCAGGCACACCUGGGCCCCUCCUUCUGCUGCCUGGUCUGCAUCCUGCCUCUGCUACUGCUGGCAGGGCUCCUCUGGCACUGGGCCCGCUGGUGGCUGGUCCUCUUGUAUGGGGAGAGGUGCGUUUUAUAUCCCCAAUAAAGGUAGAAAACCACU